CGUGUGUUAUGAAUUUCCCCGUUAUUUGUCUUCAAGUGACGGGUUUCACUCGGGUAUUGGCUAGAUAACUCAAUUAUAUUGGAUUGAGGUUGCGUCUAACCACUGUUUACUUCUUCGAUUGAAGUAAAGAGUCGGAGUUUUGACUUUAGAAUUUAGAUAGUUGAUAACCGUUGGUUUAAACACUAAGAAACUACUUGACCUGGAGGGGUCUCCCCCCUCCCUAUCAAAAACACUAAGAAACUUAUGCUCUUCUGGAUUGGUUUGGUUCGCUUUGGUUUUACUGGAUAACUAUGUUCUUGCUUACCCAAUCGUUUCAGUUUCUUUACCUUUUGUUGAGUUUUUGUUUAAUCGAUCUUACAUAGGUUUGUUGAUUGAUUCCGUGGAAUCUGUGCCUACUUUGCAAUUUGUCUGUAAAAGAAAAACUUUGACUUCCUUUUUUUGCUGUCAUUUAACUAGUGUUUAUACCCUUGAUUAAAGGAUAACGUUCACGUGACUUCUAAACAGAUAAUAAACAUAGAAAUAGAUGAAUGGUUCUUAAACAUUAAAGUCUGCCUCAAAAUUUCGGAACCCAGUGUUCUAGAAAGACCUCUUUGGUUACACAGACAAAUUAACUGGUCCCGGAUUAAAUGUAUACAAUAUAGAAUACAGUCUGUAAAUGGUCUUCAAUGGUAGGAUUAUCCUGUUCUUACUUCUGUUAGGCAGUCAGGUGACUUCAUGGUGCUUAAUUGCCUAAGUGGGGAUUAGGCGGAUGCUUAAGCAAAAGAUAACAAGUUCAUUUCAAUGUAUAUGGAAUACCAUUUUGUGGAAUUUAUGUAAACAUAUGAGAAUUAGAAGCCAGGCAAUAUGUUAUAUUGAUGUAAUUGCUUUUACGAAUUACUAAUUUUAUUGUUGGAGAAAAGAUCGGUGGAUCCCAUCCCCGUGGACAAAAGGUGUUUAUCCAACCUUUAAACUUUGAGAUGCUUAAUCCAAUGAUUAGUUAGUUACAAACAGUGCAAUAUGGGAAACUCCCAAGCAGCUGUAGGGGGGAUUUUUAGAACACCAACUAGGUUCAACUUCUAAAGGGAAACUGAGCAAUGAUCCCAUUGGUGUCUCCUACGUUUUAGUUUAUUGGGUUUGGUUAGAAAUUUCAAAAUUUACACAUGAUUAUGAAGUUUUUGUAUUCUGUUGCUUAGGUUUACAUGUAUAAGGGUGUGAUUCCAAUAUGAUAAUUAGGAGUUAUUUAGAUGUAGCAGAUUGGUAUUUUUGCCCUUUUCUUUUCCCGAUUAGAUUAGUGUACAUGAAAGUUCUAUGAGUAGUUUUACUGAAUUCCUUAUACUAAGGAGCUAAAGUGCUUUUGAAUGUAAGGUUUCAAUCUUUCCUAGUACCUCUAUAUAUUUCAUAGUAUUCAAAGCGGCACUGUGAUGAAUUUGUCUUGUGACUAUGAUAUAAUAAUUGUUACCGUUUAGAAUCUCCUUAUUUAUUUGAUACAUUUUUGGAGUGGAAGUACAAACGUUUACAAGAGUAGCUUUUAACUGUAGCGUCCUCAUGGUUCUAUUUAGUGUGACACGGAUGCUUCUUCAUUCUCAUGUCCUGAAAUACCAAUGAAUAUAACAACUAUCAGGGGUUGUUAUGUCAUUUUCUUGGAAACAAGUUGGUCGGGAAUAUGUGCUUCUGAGAAUAAACUCUGGUCAAGUGUAUAUAUAUAAUGGUUACAUCAUAUAAUAAUUUGUGUUAUGUGUAAGGUUGCUAGAACACCCAAUGUUGCUAAGUGGGAGGAAGCCAUUUACUUGUUGAAGCUAAAGCUUCUUCAACAUGUUUUGUUGGAUUGCUUUUAGAAACGAACAUAGAAUCAGCUUAAAAGGUUCUGCCUUUAGAAACUUUGAUCCAGAUACAUGUAACAUCAAACAUAUAUCGCGUUAUGAGCAAAAAUAAAUGUUUAUUAUUUUAUUCAACAGAAUCCAAGGGCAGUGGGGUCACUUCAAGGGCUUUUGUCCAGAUUCGUUAUGUUAUAUAAAAGAAGGGACUUGAAUCUGUUGAUAUACUUUGGGCAUCUCUCUUCAGUUUUUCUUCUACUUCGGUCACUUGUCAAAGCUUCUUUAUAAGUUGUACACUUUUAUUUUUGUGAAUUUGAUCUUCUAGUAAACGCCUUGGGGUCUGCUCAGGAAUGGACGUCUCCAGAGUUAGCCCAGUGAAGGAAGUUGCAGUCGGCCCAGAUGACUUCAUCGAGGAAGAAUAUGCUUCUCAAUCAAAAUUGUAUAAAGAAUUCACAAGCAUUUCUACCAUUGAUAAAGCAUGGACCUUCAAGUCCUCCAGUGGUUUGGGUUCUCAUGUUAUGUUUUCAACUAGCCAACCAAAUCUUUUAGCGAAUAAGAAGAAGACACUUAUGUUGUCUAGUGUCAUUUCUGGAGAUUCUAAUGGUGCUUUAAAUGUUCAAUGGGCACCGUUUCCAGUUGAAGUUACAGGUGCAUCUCUGAUGGUUCCCUCACCAUCAGGCACAAAGCUUCUUGUAGUACGAAAUCCUGAAAACGAUUCAGCCACUCAAUUCGAAAUCUGGGGUCCAUUUCAGUUAGAGAAGGAGAUUCGUGUUCCCCAGUCCAUGCAUGGUUCUGUGUAUGCAGAUGGAUGGUUUGAGGGAAUUUCAUGGAGCUCCGAUGAAAGUCUUAUUGCUUAUGUUGCAGAGGAAUCAGCUCUCCGCAAACCAACAUUUAAUGAUACGGGUUACAAAAAAGAUGCUGCUUCCACCGAUAAGGAUUGUAAUAGCUGGAAAGGUCAAGGAGAUUGGGAAGAAGACUGGGGUGAAGCUUAUGCUGGAAAAAGGCAGCCUGCUCUAUUUGUCAUUAAUAUUAACAGUGGAGAUGUUCAUGCUGUAGAUGGGAUUGGGAGGUCAUUGAGUGUUGGACAAGUUGUAUGGGCUCCAACAACAAAAGGGUUACAUCAAUAUCUAGUCUUUGUCGGGUGGCCAUCAGACACUAGGAAGUUUGGAAUGAAGUAUUGCUUUAAUAGGCCUUGUGCCUUGUAUGCUGUAAGGGCUCCGUCAUUUGGAUCAGAAAACAGUGCAUCCAAGACGAGGGAGAAUGCUAUGGUAAAUCUGAGUCAAGCCACGAGUAGUGCUUUCCUCCCACGAUUCACCCCAGAUGGAAAGUUUCUGGUGUUUUUAUCUGCCAAAAAUUGUGUCGAUUCUGGGGCACAUUCCGCUACAAAUUCUCUUCAUAAAAUUGAAUGGAACGGUGAAGGAGAACCGAGUCCUGCCAAGAUCAUUGAUGUGGUUCCUGUUGUGAUGUGUCCUGAGGAUGGUUGCUUCCCUGGGCUCUACUGUUCUGAUUUGCUUAGCAAACCCUGGCUUUUAGAUGAAUCUACAAUGAUAUUGUCUUCCAUUUGGGGAAGCACUCAAGCAAUACUUUCUGUGAAUGUGCUAAGUGGGAAAGUUUCAAAAAUCACUCCCAGCAAUUCAAAUCAUUCAUGGAGUUUACUCGCACUUGAUGGCGAUAAAAUCCUUGCUGUCUGUAGCAGCCCUAUAGAUGUCCCUCAGAUCAAAUAUGGCAGUCUAGCUAAGGAUGAAUCUAAAGAUGCCAUCUGGCGAUGGCUAGAUAUUUCAAGCCCGACAUCUGGAUGUCAAGAGAAAGUCAGAUCGUUACUUUCAUCUCUCCAAUUUGACAUAUUGAAGAUACCGGUCAAGAGUGUAUCUGAGAACCUGACAAAAGGUGCUGGCAAACCUUUUGAAGCAAUAUUUGUAUCCUCAAAAUCGAAGCGUGAUGCUUGUGACCCACUAAUUGUAAUCCUUCAUGGAGGCCCACAUGGUGUUUCAUCGUCAAGCUUCUCAAAGUCCUCGGGUUUUCUUGCUUCAAUUGGCUAUAGCUUGUUAAUAGUGAAUUACAGAGGUUCACUUGGAUUUGGUGAGGAAGCACUGCAAUCACUUCCAGGGAAAGUUGGAUCACAGGAUGUAAACGAUGUCCUCACAGCUGUAGAUCAUGCCAUUGACUUGGGGCUCGCAGACCCAUCAAAAAUAACCGUGGUCGGUGGGUCCCACGGUGGUUUCUUAACUUCACACUUGAUCGGGCAGGCGCCAGAUAAAUUUGCUGCGGCUGCAGUGAGGAACCCCGUUUGUAAUCUUGCUUUAAUGGUGGGUACAUCAGAUAUACCAGAUUGGUGUUUUGUGGAGACGUUCGGAAGCAAGGGACUUUCUACCUAUACAGAAGCCCCUUCACCUGAACUCCUCUCCUUCUUUCACGAAAAAUCCCCUAUUUCACAUCUUUCAAAGGUGAAAACUCCAACAUUGUUCCUCUUAGGUGCUAAAGAUCUCCGUGUCCCUGUUACUAAUGGCUUGCAAUUUGCGCGGGCAUUGAAGGAAAAAGGAGUUGCGGUGAAAGUGAUCGUUUUUCCUGAAGAUAUGCAUCCAAUCAACAGACCACAAUCGGAUUUCGAAAGCUUUGUUAACAUCGGAGUUUGGUUCAAGAAGUAUUGCAAGUAAGGUCAUCAUAUUGGACCUUGAAAUGUAAUGCCAUUAUGAAUUUCUUUCAUCAUUAUGGUAUAAAUAACAUCCAUUGCAAAAUUAGGCGACUUAUUUUGUAUUGAUUCAACAGCCUAAAUGAUACUUUUAUGAAUA